AUGUCAACGAUGCCAAUGUCAGCAAAUGAUCUUUAUCAACGGUAUUCAUCAUCAUGGCCAUUUUCAUCGUUAAAUAUGACAUCAAAUCGUCAUUUAUAUCAUCAUAAUGAAAAAUAUCGUUCAUCAACAAAUAAUCGCAUAACACGUUUUUAUAUUGAUGAUAUACUUGCUGAUUCAAAAACAUCAUCAACAAAUGAUAUAUGUUCACGUUCAACAAAAAAUCAUAAAGAACGUUGCCGAUCAGUUUCGAACAGUGAUGAUGGUGAUUUAUUAAACAAUAUGCAAAAGAAAAAAAAGAAAAAAGCACGAACUACGUUUACGGGUAAACAAAUAUUUGAACUUGAGAAAAAGUUUGAAGAUAAAAAGUAUUUAUCAUCAACUGAACGUGCUGAAAUGGCUACAUUACUUACUGUUACUGAAACACAAGUUAAAAUUUGGUUUCAAAAUCGUCGAACAAAAUGGAAAAAAACAGAAAAUAUUUCGAAUGCUGAAGCUGCUGAACAUAAAUUAAGUACAAGAAAAAUGUCAUCAACUUCAUCAUCAUCAUUAGACCAUAAUCGAAAUCAAGCUGUUCAAUUACCAGUCGAUCGUAGUACAAGUAGCAAGAGCAGUAGUUGUAGUUCAGCUAGUUCUCAUCGAUCGAAUAAACGAGUUUAUAGUGCACCGCCACCACCACCACCACUCCCUUCUCCACUUCCAUUACUUUAUUUUAAUCCAUUUUCACAUUUACUUCAAUCAUCAUGUUCAUCAAAUCAUGACAAAUUAGCUUCACCAUCAUUUGAUGAACAUUGUUAUUCAAAUUCAACAUCAUCUCAAUCACCUUUAGCAAUACCUGAAACUAAUCAUUGUUCACCUUCCAAUAGUUCUACACCAUUAAAUGACAAUAUUGAAGAUCAAACAGCUGAUGAAAAUACAAAACCACAAUGUUUAAUUAAACAAAGAUCUUGUUCGAGAUAA